UGGGAAGCAGGCGCCAAUUUCAAUCUUGGAUAAGGUUCCCUUUCUGUCUCUCUCUCAACUCAAAAAGCUUGUGGCUCUCAAAGAAACUCCCUUUCUCUCUUCUUCAAUACCCAUAUACCAGUCCCCUGUUGAGGGAGAGAGAGAGAGGGAGGAAGUGAAACGAUUCAAAUAGACCCCUUUAAAAAUGGCUACUUUGCAAACUUCUCUUCUUUAUAAGCCUCCUUUACUUUCUCCGGUUUCUUUUUCUUCUUCUUUAUUGAAGCGUUUUCAGUUAUAUUCUUGUUCUGUUUCUUAUUUCAAUCAAAACCCAAUUGCUCUUUCUCAUUCUUUUCACUUUCCACCCCCGGAGUUUCGAAAGUUCGGAUUUUCGCCCCGGACCUGGUCGGUUUCUUGCACAUUGCAGCCGGAGAAUACAAAUUUGAGCCAAGAAGCGAGUGCCCGCGAUUUGUCUUCAGUUUCCGAGAUUGAAGAAUCGAAGAGUUCGAGUUUAAAUGAGGAUGGUUCGAUUUUAGAAACGAAAACUGAAGAAAUUAGCGAAAGUUCGGGGGUGGAGGUGGAGAGCGAGGUUUCUGGAUUGGGUUUGGAGAAUGGGGAAGUGGGUUGGGGGGAAAUUAGCGAGAAAGUGGCGGAAAGUGAGGGAAUGUCUGAGAUAUUGGUGGAAAAAGAGGGAGAGAAGAGUCGGUUUCCAUUAGUGGUGUUUUUGGUGGGGUUAUGGGCUAGUGUAAGAAAGUGGUUUGAGAAGGUGAUGGUGUGGGAUUGGUUGAGUUGGUGGCCGUUUUGGCGGCAGGAGAAGCGGUUGGAGCGUUUGAUUGCGGAUGCAGAUGCUAAUCCCAAGGACCCGGCAAAGCAGAGUGCACUACUAGCUGAGCUCAACAAGCAGAGUCCCGAGUCUGUUAUCAAACGGUUCGAACAAAGGGAUCAUGCUGUAGACAGUAGAGGAGUAGCGGAGUAUCUUCGGGCUCUUGUGGUUACAAAUGCUAUUGCUGAAUAUCUUCCAGAUGAGGAAUCAGGAAAACCUUCCAGUCUUCCUUCAUUGUUGCAAGAGUUGAAGCAGUGGGCUUCAGGCAAUGUAGAUGAGUCUUUUGUCAAUCCUGGAAUAAAUGACAAGCAGCCCUUGCAUGUAGUGAUGGUUGAACCGAAAGUCUCCAACAAAUCACGUUUUGCCCAAGAGCUAAUCUCAACAAUUUUGUUCACUGUUGCUGUUGGAUUAGUAUGGUUUAUGGGUGCUGCUGCACUUCAGAAGUACAUAGGGAGCUUAGGUGGUAUAGGAACCUCAGGUGUUGGCUCCAGCUCCUCCUAUGCUCCAAAAGAAUUAAACAAGGAAAUUAUUCCAGAAAAGAAUGUAAAAACAUUUAAGGAUGUUAAAGGUUGUGACGAUGCAAAGCAAGAGCUUGAGGAGGUGGUGGAGUAUCUUAAAAACCCAACAAAGUUUACUCGCCUUGGGGGCAAGUUGCCAAAGGAUAUGUCCUCGAGAAAGACAAUUGGGAAUGCGAAGGGAAUUCUUUUAACAGGAGCACCAGGAACUGGAAAGACUCUACUUGCCAAGGCAAUUGCUGGAGAAGCUGGAGUGCCUUUUUUCUAUAGGGCAGGGUCUGAAUUUGAGGAAAUGUUUGUAGGAGUUGGUGCUAGGCGUGUGAGAUCCUUAUUCCAAGCAGCAAAGAAAAAGGCACCUUGCAUCAUAUUCAUUGAUGAAAUAGAUGCUGUUGGUUCUACACGGAAACAAUGGGAAGGACAUACAAAGAAAACUUUGCAUCAACUUCUUGUGGAAAUGGAUGGUUUCGAGCAGAAUGAGGGAAUAAUUUUAAUGGCUGCAACAAACUUGCCUGAUAUUCUUGAUCCAGCAUUAACAAGGCCUGGUAGAUUUGACAGGCAUAUUGUUGUUCCAAAUCCCGAUGUUCGAGGUCGUCAAGAGAUAUUGGAGCUUUAUCUACAGGAUAAACCAUUGGCUGAAGACAUAGAUGUUAAAGCAAUUGCUCGUGGUACACCAGGAUUUAAUGGGGCUGAUCUUGCAAACUUGGUGAACAUUGCUGCCAUUAAAGCGGCUGUUGAAGGUGCUGACAAGCUGACUGCUUCACAGUUGGAGUUUGCAAAGGACAGGAUAAUAAUGGGUACAGAGCGGAAAACAAUGUUUUUAUCUGAAGAGGGAAAGAAGCUUACGGCAUAUCAUGAAAGUGGGCAUGCAAUUGUUGCUUUCAGCACUGAGGGUGCACAUCCAAUUCACAAGGCUACAAUCAUGCCUCGUGGGUCUGCUUUAGGUAUGGUUACUCAGCUCCCAUCUGGUGAUGAGACGUCAAUUAGCAAGAAGCAGUUACUGGCCCGUCUUGAUGUCUGCAUGGGAGGAAGAGUUGCGGAGGAACUUAUUUUUGGUCGGGACCACGUAACAACUGGUGCAAGCAGUGAUCUACACACAGCCACAGAGCUUGCCCAUUAUAUGGUAUCGAAUUGCGGGAUGAGCGAUACUAUUGGACCAAUUCAUAUAAAAGAACGACCGAGUUCAGAUAUGCAAUCACGUAUUGAUGCCGAAGUGAUGAAACUGUUAAGAGAAGCGUAUGAUCGUGUAAAAGUCCUUUUAAAGAAGCAUGAAAAGGCAUUACAUGCACUGGCAAUUGCACUGCUAGAGUACGAGACUCUUAGCGCAGAUGAAAUUAAGCGCAUCCUUCUUCCUUAUCGGGAAGGACAGUUGCCCGAACAACAACAGGAAGAGCAACAAGAAGAAGGGGAUCUUGUAUUGGUUUGAACAUCAUCAUCAUCAUCUUCUGUGUCUUUAGUUUAGUCUGAGCAAUGGGGAAGUUAUGUACAGUACAGUGUAUCUAAAGCAUUUCAGUUUAUUAAUUUAAUCCUUAUGAUUUCUUUGAAUCAAUAGCUUCCUCGCUUGGCCAGAUCCCAUCAAGUUUCCCUUUGUACUAUAUAGGAAGUCUAUUAAUACCCUCAACUUGAUUGAAUAGAACACUCAAGUCAUCUAAUACAGCGGGUCUUUCAGGACUUUAUCUGAUUUGAAAAAUGUGUAUUUCUUUGACUUUAACCCCAUUUUUUGGGUAAAUUUGUUAUAAGUGCAAUAUUAGAAUUCAUUA